AAACAACGUAUAAAGUACUAUAAACAGCCGUAAAAGUGUUCAAAAGACUGAAAGAUAUACACGGAAGAUGUUGAUUUUAUUGAUGAACUGCCUUGAAAAACAGAUGGAAAUAAUUCAUUUAUUACCUCAUGGAAGCGGAGGAGGGUUUUAUUGAUGGCUAAUGUCCAGCGAAGUACAACCUGCUACCAGGCGUUCUUUUUUUUUUGACACCAAAAAGAGAAAAAAUAAAAAAACGCCUGCUUGCAGGAUAGGCGAAGAAAUGCAUCUGUAAAUUCCAGCUGUGCCCAUGCCCCCUCCACCCGGCCGAGGGCGACCACAAUUAGGUUUUUCAAAACACGAUACGAUACGAUAACUUUAUUUAUACACGGUAUUUCCAUCAGUUUAUUUAUGACAAUCAACCAGCUACCUAUCCUCCUAACUACAAUCAAAGAAGAAAAAUUCCCAAAAACAUAAAAACUGCUUUUCAUUAAGACUGUGAAGAAAAAAAAUUUACACUGCUGACAAAUGCCCUACCGCCGGGACAAACUACACUAUUAAACGGCCACCGUCACGGAAAUGGAUAGCGACCGCUUAAAGGGGGCUGACCAUUUAACAGAGGUAAAAACAAUAGAAAAGUCCUCAUCGGGACUUCGAUUAUUGGCCGCCUAAUAGGGGUGGCCGCUUCAUAGGAGUGCGACUGAACUAGUCAAAUGCCCUGGGGGUACUGGCUUGAAAAUGCUUCAUUUCCUUCGUUUCCCGUCAUACUUUCACUAAAACCUAAGCUAAUUCAGAGAAAAUAUUAUUAGGUGGUAGCAUUUCAUUUAUGUCCUAUCUAGAUGUAUUUAAUAGGAAACUUACGGUAUUUGCCGUUGAACUGGUCAUUAUAAUUAAUAGAAGCGACAAUGCUGUAAGAUUAAAAAAAAACAUGAUGGUAACAUGCCCCAAGGCACUGGCAAACUAGAUAUUUUUCUAAGCCGACGUUUGUGAUAAGUCUUCGGCUGUUAUAGAUGUAAACAUUCUUUUGGCGUUAUCUUAAUAUCGUUUCUUGAGUGCAAGUGUAUAUAUGAAAUAUCUUAAAUUUGAACUGCGGAGAAAGAUGUAAAGACAUGAGUGAUCAACGCAGUUAUGUACACAAACUUAAGCAAUUGAGAAAAUAACGCCUGAAAAUAAAUUUAUUAUUUUUCAGGCGUUAAUUUCCCAACUGCGUAAUAAAGUUGUUUACAUAACUGUGUUGAUCAUUCAUGCCUUUGCCUUGUUUCGUAAGAUGAUCUCUUUUGCACGAAAAUAGCGAGUUAAGACACGUUGCGAAAAGCCCGCUUCGUUCUCUUGUUCUUUCUCGUUUUUCCUAGACUUUUUUCGGCUUUCACACAUAGGAGAAACAAAGACUUUAGGCCACGGGCUUUGUUUGCAGUUGCUUUAAUGGAACAGGACCUCUAACAGGUGGAUUUUUUUCCAAAGCCAUAAACUUCACGACUGAGUUAACAAGAAAAUGUUUGGCAAAUAGCUCGUUCGGUUUGCGCUUUAACGAGAAACUUAAGAAUAAUUCAGUCUAAUAACUAAGUAAAUUAUGGGAUCUUUGACCAAAUAACCUUUGAGUGAACACGAAUAUAGACGUUUAACUGAAUUCACGUCAGGUUAAAUAGGUCGAUUAUUUCUUUAGCCAUGUUUCCCCGAAAGUAAAAAACUAGUUAUUAGUUUUGAGACAUGAUUUUCCUCUCGAUGUUUGCCCUCCUUUAGUUACUGAAUUUAUGUAACGACGUUACAAAACUGCAAAUAUCUUCACAGUUAGAAUGAUAACUAAUUUAACCUGACAUCUACUAAUUUUUACUAAUGACGAACCUUUUAGGUAACGUUUUAUUUAUUACUUAGUUCUCUAGAAUAUAAUUAGACACCCGCAAAGACAAGCUAAGAGAAUGUUAAAAGCAUAUAAACCUGCUAAAAAACCAGCGGGGGGCAUAAAUAUUGAAAGAGGAGAUAAUUGAUAAGCCUUAAGUGCAACUUAAAUGCCACUUUUAUGGUACAUUUUUGAGAUUGAAUAAGUCACUUAUUUUUGCUUUGAUCUCGUAAAAACCAACAUAACUGUUAACUUGUGUUGAUUGCUGUUGUUUUCUCGAGCAUUUUCAGCUUCCUCCAUGAGACUAGACAAUACUUGUAAGUUUUCACCUAGAGUUACAGAAAACGUCCGGAAUUUCUCCUUGUCGAGAUGUUGUUAAGACUGUUCUUGUCAGCUGUGCUUUCAUCUUUUCAAUUGUUUCACUGUGGUGUCUCCAGUUCGGACACGAUGUUUAAGAAGACGCUCAGCAACAAAGACGCCUUGUGCAACGAUGGUUCUCCUGCCGUUUUUUUCUUGGGAGUACAGAGCACUUCAAAGUGGAUCAUAUUUUUGGAGAGCGGGGCCUACUGUUUGACGAAGGCUCAGUGCCUUGCAAGAUUUGGAAACGAAUACACAAAGGUUUUAAUGACUUCGCAACACAUGCCAGACUCAAUUAAGGGAAGAGAUUUGCUGUCGACCUCUCAGAGCGAAAAUGGAUUAUUUAACGACUUUUCUCGCGUUUUGAUUCCUUAUUGUAGCAGUGAUGCAUUUCUUGGGACAGAAACAAAAGCAUCAAGCUUCCAAAACAACAGCUCUGAAGAUGAUUUUGUUUUCAGCGGUAAAAUUAUAUUUCAAAGCGUUAUUUUUGACCUACUAAUGCAGGGCUUAGACCGUGCUCGCGAAAUUGUUUUGAUUGGAAGUAGCGCUGGCGCUGUCGGCGCUUACAAUCAAGUACAGUGGUUACAGGACCUUCUGUCGUCUAGGAAUUUAGAUGUAAACCUUUCAGCGAUCAUCGAUGGUGGAUGGUUCAUAAACUUCCAAGAAAGCAUCGCAUCAAAGAUUACAGAGGAAUUCUACAACGUUGGCAAGCCGUUACCUCGCGCGUGCGCAGACUUUACCGAAGGAUACCCGUGCUGUCUGUCAGCUUUAUGUAUGCUUACCCGAGGAUACUACCCUUCAAAUGUGCCAACGUUUUUCGUGUUCAGUAUGUUUGAUAUCUACAUCAUAGGCGACAGUGUGGAGCGUUUCUCCAAAAGAGAAAAUGUGGCGGACAAUGGUGCAACUGAUUUAAUUACGCUGGUUGAUUUGUACGGAGGCGCUAUGAAUCAAUCUUUGGUUGCCAUUAAAUCUUCAAAUUUCAGCUAUUUUGUCCCCGCGUGUUUUCAACACACGUUCUUUAGUAUGUCAAGUUUACGAGACCAGGAUGGAGUGCUACACUACACUAGAAUGUUCACUCAAGGAAAUGCCGUAUUUGGUAUGACCAAAAGGCCUGGGACAUGGUUAUCUACAGCAAUAAGACGUGGACACGAGACAAUCACUUUACACUCUACUCUCCAUAAAUGGGCAAAGACACGUGAUCAACCCGUGAGAGUGACUGACAGCUGUCUUGGAGCAAUGUGCAAUCCAACGUGUCCAGAGAUGCUCAAAUUUGUCGACACUGCCACGGACUGGGGCGAGGUGCUCAACGGUGUUGUCUUGUGUAUGUCCCUGUUGUUCACAGUGGCGUGUGUUGUGUUGAAGUUCUGUUUUGUGUCCCAGUUAGCUCUUCUAAAACGAUCUCGGAGACAUUACCUUGAAGAGCAUAUUAAAAAUUCACAGGUGUCCGUUUAUGAAGCUAAUGAGGCAAUAACACUGCUGUACUCGUCACCAGAAGAUCGAAAACAUCCGCAAAGCUUCAACGAUGUGCCAGAAACGGCACAAGACAACGUUGAAGAGCAUUCAAGGAAGAAUGAAGAUCAGCUUUCUGAUGACUACACGGCCAAAGGAUAUAACACGAUAUUUUAUAGAACGGUGCAAUAUUUACGGAUGGUUUUCCGGCAAAAGCAUCAUGCUGAUGAGGUGGAAAAAAUCAAAAAUCAUGCAGACAGAGGCGAGUCUGAAGAACGGAGGGACAAUCACAAUAUUGCCCAUCCGAAACAAGGCGUUGAUCAAGACAUUAAGGACAAAAGAAAAGCUAUUUACGCGCGAGGGAUUCACAAUGUAACAUUGUGUUUUAAACAAGGUGAAUUUAUCGCCAUAGUAGGAAAACAGGGAGCGGGCAAAACGACAUUGCUGAAGAUUCUGAGUGGAAGAUUGAUGUGUAGAUGCAACAAGGAACACGUGCUUGUAAACGGUGUUGGACAAAAUGAAGCCAAAGCUAGCUAUGCGAGCAAAACUCGUUUCCUGUCCAAGUUUACUUUUCCUUACUACGGAGAAAUUACCGUCAGGAAUUAUCUCAUAUUAGCUGCUUUCAUGAGGAUGUCCAGAACCACGGACAAAGCGGCGAAGUUCGAACGAGUGGAGCAAAUAAUUUCGGAGCUGAACCUCACUUCUGUAGCAGACAGAACAUUUGGCGGGUCAUGGAAGAAGAACUUCACUGAGCUGCAGAAACGCCUUUUGUGCCUGGCUUUGCAGGUCAUUACCAGACCUCUCGCCAUUUUCUUAGACGAACCAAUCACAGGUCUGGAUUCCGCGUCUUCCAUGGAAAUGUUGAACGUUCUAAAAGGACUUUGUAAGAAUGGACACUUGGUGAUUAUCACCACACAAGCCCUACCGGGGAAAACCGCUGAACUCUUCAAUCAGUUGGUUCUACUGUCUGAUAAACAGGUCUUGUACAAGGGAGCGCCUUCAAGACUUUCAGAUUGCUACAGCCUAGUGACGGAUAAAAACGAGAAAGCUGCAGAAUUGGAAGACAUUAUUUUAGAUAUCCUUCAAAACAAGAGGCUAAAAGAUGCGAUGAUAGUACAAAGGCAAUUCGAACCAGCCGUAAAAGACGUCGUGCACUCGAACACAAGAGAGAAACAUACUUUACCAGGAUCGCAGAACAGUUUGGAUCAUGGUGGACUCCUUACCAGGUUGUUUGUAAUAGACUACAGAGCCUCGUUAUCGUCCACCCUGGGUCAGGCAGUUUAUCUGCCAAUCAUGUUCUCCGUAUUUGGAUUAACCGCUGGCAUUAUCUACUGGCAAGCAGAGACGCAUUUGCAGAUAAUCACGGCUUACUGUGGCGCGUCUAUCCCCAGUCUACUCUUUCUAAGCUCGGUUGUACUGAACCAUAUCAAUAGGAGCCUGGACAUCUGUCGCGUGGAAUCUUCACUAGAUGUCGGUUACUCCUAUGAACACGUGAUACAAACAUUUCUGAGCACAUCCGCUGCCUGUCUGUUACCAGUGCUCGCGAACUCAGUUCAAACAUACUUCAUGGUAAUAACGUCAUAUAACUGGUGGCGAUUUUUCCUGGUGACUGUCGUUUCACUGGUGUUAAACCAAACAUGGAUAGCGUUGUACAUGAUGGUCACUUACGUUACACCAAGUAACGCUUGUCACGCAGGCCUCGUUAUAGCCAUAUUAGCAGGGUUCUCUGGCGGGUUCAUUGUCACGCGAGAUCAGAUGCCGAUAGGAUAUAAUUUACUAUUCUACGUCAAUCCACAGUUCUAUGGCUACUCAGCCAUCACGAAAGUCUUGUUAAAAGAUGUUCAUCUGAAUUGUGAUUACGAGUCUAAAUUGAACUGUAUCAGUACAGAUGGCAAUGCUGUGCUGGCCAGAUUUAAUUUUGAUUCCGUGAAUCCUUACGGGCAUCUCGUGGUAAGUAUGAUAUUUUUAGACUGUCUCUACUCUAGCGUUCGCGUUCUUUCAAGCGUCCCACCACCCCCUGUGGUUUUAUUUUGCUCCCGCCCUCGGCAAGAGAACAUAUAAGAUCCUGCGCUUCUUCAAAACAGCUCGUUCGAAAACCGAACCAUGCAUUCGAAGUUAUUCGAGACUGUAAUUAUUACCGGCUUCUUCGGCCAGUUUUGUAGGGUUUGAGAUCUGCCAGAUUCAAAACUAGAUGGGACAAAGUAUAAACAGAACAACUCACUUCAAAAUUUGCAAAACUGAAAUCAAAAUGUAGACUUAUCUAGGAUUAAAAGUGAAACAAAGUGGUUAUGUCUGUUAUCUCAAAGAUUUCUUAAAUUAGCUAAUUUGUAUUUAUUAAUAACAAUUCGACAUUGCCUAAAGUUAGACAACAAACACUGAGAGAAAUUGUCAAUGUCAACUUAAAGGAAAACUGGAUUUGAAUCUAAUCCUGGAUCAGCUCAAUCCCGCUUCUGAACAGCUCGGUCUUUAGAAAUGACCUCUGGAUUAGCUACUCAGUGAGACACCACUAAAGCUUACACGCAGUCCUAGGUAGUUCAAGUGUGUGUUCGUGCUAAAAACUAUUCACUGUUCAUGUCUCCCUGCCAUGAUCGUUAUAGUUUGUUUAUUAGUCUGAUUG